CGGACCUGUGUUUCCUUCGCUUGGCUCGUAUCUCAGCAUGAAGGAGGUAAAGAGCGAGCGGGAGCGGGGGAGCCGGCGGAGGCACCGCGACGGGGACGUGGUGGCGGCGGCGGUGGUGGUAAAGGUGAAGCAGGAGCGCCUCAGCCCGGAAGCCGCGCCUCCCGCCCACCGCCGCCCAGAUUCCUCCGGGGGUAGCGCGUCCCCGCCAGCCGGCGACCCGGGCCGCACUGGUCACCGCGGGAACCGAGCCCGAGGAGGUAGCCGGUCCCCAGCCAAAAAGAAAAACAAGUCCUCAGGGAGAAGAAGCAAGUCUCCUCGGAGUAAGAGAAGCCGAAGCCCUCACCACUCAACGGUCAAAGUGAAGCAGGAACGUGAGGAUCAUACCCGGAGAGGACGGGAGGAACGGCAGCACCGGGAAUCAUCAGGCCAGGAACACAGGCGAGCUAGAAACAGUGACCGCGACAGACACCGGGGCCAUUCUCACCAGAGGAGAAGCUCUAAUGAGAGGCCCGGGAGUGGGCAGGCUCAGGGACGGGACCGAGAUGUUCAGAAUCUACAGGCUCAGGACAUAGAGCGGGAGUUUUACAACGCCCGAAGACGGGAGAAUCGCCAGAAGAAUGAAGUUAGCGCUAGUGGUAAUGAGUCUCAGGGGUCGGUUCCCCGACCUGGGGGCAACAAUAAAGACAAAGAGCCACCCGCUAAAGAAAAGCCAAGCUUUGAACUCUCCGGGGCACUUCUUGAGGACACCAACACCUUCCGGGGUGUCGUCAUUAAGUAUAGUGAGCCCCCAGAAGCACGUAUCCCCAAGAAACGAUGGCGCCUCUACCCCUUUAAAAAUGACGAGGUGCUUCCUGUCAUGUACAUCCAUCGGCAGAGCGCCUACCUGUUAGGCCGGCACCGCCGCAUAGCGGACAUCCCGAUUGAUCAUCCCUCCUGCUCAAAGCAGCACGCCGUCUUUCAGUAUCGGCUUGUGGAAUAUACCCGUGCUGAUGGGACAGUUGGCCGAAGGGUGAAGCCCUACAUCAUUGACCUUGGCUCAGGCAAUGGAACAUUCUUGAACAACAAGCGCAUUGAGCCACAGAGAUACUAUGAACUAAAGGAAAAGGAUGUACUUAAAUUUGGGUUCAGCAGCAGAGAGUAUGUCCUGCUUCACGAGUCCUCUGACACCUCUGAAGUAGACAGGAAAGAAGAUGAGGAUGAUGAGGAGGAGGAGGAAGUAUCUGACAGCUAGCAAACUCGGAAGCAGCCCAAACUCUCGAGAGACCUUUUCUUUUUUAAAGGUUUUGGGAUUGAGUCAGAGAGCACCACGGUGCUCUCUGUUAAUGCCUCUUAUUGCCUUAAGUCUUUGCUCUGUUGCUGACCACCUUAUGUUAUAGCAUAAGAAAACUGACUUCUGUUUGGUUGAACUUUUUUCUGUGGCACAUCAGCCCCUUGCCUGUGGGCAUUUGUUUUCAGAACAGUCUCACCAACACAUCGUGUUGCAGUAGAAGCAUCGUGGCUGUCCUUGGUGCUUUCAGAACUGCUUCCUAGGAAACUACAGACCCUUGGCUCAAGGGGAAUCGUGGCUUGUUCUCGUUGUACAGUUACUUUAUUUAUAUAGGUGUUAAGCUUUGUGGACUGGGUUUGUUUUUGUUUUUUUGUUUUUGGGGCAAACCCCGAUACAGAGAAUCUUAACUAAGCUUUGGUUGUCACCAAAACAGCCUCCAUUAUAUACCAAAGCUUUGACCUGGUUGAGCUCUUGAGUCACAGAAGUUGAUUUUGCACUUCAUUUUUGGGGGGUAGGAACUUACCACAUGACCUCAUUAUUAACUCUUGGACUUAAACAGAUGCUUUAUGGGACGUGUUGAAGCUGCAGCUGGGCAGGAGGAUCCUGGCUCCUGCCAGUGGGUGCUGAUCUAACGUCGAGAGGUUGAAAUGGGUCAUGGAUCGGUUUCCUGUGAGAGAAUUCCGAUUUCUCCAUAAAGCAUGUACAUAACCAUUUUGAUCAUCGUAUCUGUUCACUUUUGCAUUUUUAUUCAAAUGUUCUCUCUUUCCUUAUUUGCAAAACAGUGUCGUUCAUGUAGCACGGUCCUUGCUUUAUUCUAACAACGUAUGUAUAUGUGUAAAGGAGGUUGUAUAGUUGACACGUUUCAUCUUUUUAGAAAAUGUUCAGAGAGGUUGUAUUUACUUUCCCAAGGCCGGGAAGCAAGGGAGUUGCCCUGUUUCCUAAUUUUCCACAGAGGAAUAUGUGUAAGUAGCAGAGUCGUAACUACUUACAUACACUGUGUGUGUGUGUGUGUGUGUGUGUGGUGUGUGUGGGGGUGUGUGUGUGUGUGUAUACAUAAAAGUGUGAAUGAAAGAGCUGCAUACUGAUUUUCAUAUGAGAAUGUUUUGUGAUGUAAAUGUGAUACUACAUUAUAGGCGAAGGCCUCCCUGCAUUUGAAUAGCAGGUUUUCAUUUAUAUGUAUUUUUGGGAUAAAAAAAUAAUAAAAUUUGUAAAUAUAGCCCCA